CAGAGGCCGCCGCUUCCACCGCGGGUCCCGCAGCCGCCGCUCCACCCGCUCGCUGGCCCAGCUCCGACAGGGGUGUGCGGCGUGGCCCAGCUCCUCCAUCCGCCCCCACCGCCCGCCUCCGGGAGCUGUGGCCGCCGCCCGGACCCCGCAGCUCCGCUGUCCAGCUGCCGCGCGCUCCGCGUCGCAGAAACCUGAGCAGGACCCCGACGGAGCGGCUCGGGGCUGGUCCCUUGCCCCGCGGCGAUGCCCACCGGCCCCCUCCCUGCCGGUCGCUCGCGCUGUGCCUCAACCCGGGCCCCGACGGCCGCACGGUGAGAUGACUUUCCGUGACCUCCUGGGCGUUACUUUCCAAGGACCCCGCUCGGACAGCAGCGCUGGGGGCUCCGGCGCGGGCGCGGGUGCGAGCGCGAGCGGUGCGGGGGGCUCGGAGGGCCCGGCGGUGGGCGCAGUGCCGGGGACCAGCGGCGGCGGUGGCGCUGUGGUGGGGACCGGCAGCGGCGAGGGCAACCGAAGCUCCGCCGGGGAGCCGGGGACAGCGGGCGGCGGCGGCGAGGUGAACGGCACGGCGGCCGUCGGAGGGCUGGUGGUGAGCGCGCAGGGCGUGGGCGUGGGAGUCUUCCUGGCAGCCUUCAUCCUCACCGCUGUGGCGGGCAACCUGCUUGUCAUCCUCUCGGUAGCCUGCAACCGCCACCUGCAGACGGUCACCAACUACUUCAUCGUUAACCUGGCCGUGGCCGACCUGCUCCUGAGCGCCACCGUGCUGCCCUUCUCGGCCACCAUGGAGGUUCUGGGCUUCUGGGCCUUCGGUCGAGCCUUCUGCGACGUGUGGGCCGCGGUGGACGUACUGUGCUGCACCGCCUCCAUCCUGAGCCUCUGCACCAUCUCCGUGGACAGAUACGUGGGAGUGCGCCACUCGCUCAAGUACCCAGCCAUCAUGACGGAGCGCAAGGCCGCAGCCAUCCUGGCCCUGCUCUGGGCCGUGGCCUUGGUGGUGUCAGUGGGACCACUACUGGGCUGGAAGGAGCCAGUGCCCCCGGAUGAGCGCUUCUGCGGCAUCACCGAGGAGGUGGGCUACGCGGUCUUCUCUUCCGUGUGCUCCUUCUACCUGCCCAUGGCCGUCAUCGUGGUCAUGUACUGCCGCGUGUAUGUGGUCGCGCGCAGCACCACGCGCAGCCUGGAGGCCGGCGUCAAGCGGGAGCGGGGCAAGGCCUCGGAGGUGGUGCUACGAAUCCACUGUCGCGGUGCAGCCACUGGCGCCAACAGGGCCUACGGAAUGCGGAGCACCAAGGGCCACACCUUACGCAGCUCGCUCUCUGUGCGCCUACUCAAGUUUUCCCGCGAGAAGAAGGCAGCGAAGACAUUGGCCAUCGUUGUGGGAGUCUUCGUGCUCUGCUGGUUCCCGUUCUUCUUCGUCCUGCCACUGGGCUCUCUGUUCCCGCAGCUGAAGCCAUCAGAGGGCGUCUUCAAGGUCAUCUUCUGGCUCGGCUACUUCAACAGCUGUGUGAAUCCACUCAUCUACCCCUGCUCCAGUCGCGAGUUCAAGCGCGCUUUCCUCCGCCUCCUGCGCUGCCAGUGUCGCCGCCGCCGCCGCCGCCCCCUCUGGCGAGUCUAUGGCCACCACUGGCGGGCCUCGACCAGCGGCCCGAGCCUGGACUGCACCCCCAGCCCAGGCGCCGCGCCCCCGGGGGCCCCGCUGGCCCUCACCGCACCCCCGACCCCCUGCUCCCCCGGCACGCCCGAGGUGCAGGCUUCCUUCUCCAGCCGUCGAAAGCCAGCCUCUGCCUUCCAGGAAUGGAGGCUGCUUGGGCCGUUGCAGAGACCCACCAGCCAGCUGCGAGCGAAGGUGUCCAGCCUGUCCCAUAAGAUCCGCUCCGGGGGCGCCCAGCGCGCAGAGGUGGAGGCCGUGUCCCUAAGCGUGUCCCAAGAUAUGGCAGAAGGUGCCAUCCGCCAGGCCUGUGAGCCUGUAGACUACAGCAGUCUCCGGGAGACUGACAUUUAAGGGCACCUAGCUGGGGAAUGUGGUGGGUCGGGGGUGGAGAGCGCUGUGAAGAUGCUGUCUCUGUCUCGUGUGGAACUGAUUUGUGUGACUGUUCUGUUCCUCAGGGAGCAACCAGGGCUGGACUUCAGGAUUGGAGCUGGUCCAGGGUUGUGGGUUAUGGCGCCCUCUGCUGGACGCAGGUGUCCAGAAGUCUCAGAAGGAACAGAAUGCAGGAUCUGCCGUUUCCAUCCAGUCUCUGAGAAACUGCUCAGUAGGCUGACCCUGAAGCCUAGACAGAGGACCCCGGGUAUGAGCACUCCCCUUGGGGAGGAAGAGGCACAGAUCCUUGCCUCGCUGAUCCCAGGGAAAAGGCUACUCAGUGGACACAGUUUCUCCUUACUGCCAACUGGAGGAGUCAGUUGACCCACCAGUACCACCCCAACUCUGGUGGCAUCUUGGAUGGCCACCAUGCAAGCCUGCUCUAUUUUGCCCUGGGCUCACUGUCCCCCUCCCUGCACUCCUACACUAGUCAGUAUGUGCCCAUCAUCUGGCCUGGGCCUCACUAUCCCUGCCCCAGGGGCCUUACUGUUUACACUGUACAUAGCUCACUGUGCCUGUGCUUGCCCAUCACUUCUUGCUGGGAUUCCAAGCUGCUGACUGGGGAGAGCUUUGUUGUUUUGAAACAUAUUUAUUGGUAAGAGAACUAUAUUUUGCCCACACUAUGCAAACUGUCCCUCUUUAGCCUAUAAUCCAUAAAGAACCUUCUUUUUCUAAAAUCCUUAGAAAUCCUUAGGCCACUACAGGCUAGAGUGGGUCUACGUUCGCCUCCCUAGUUUCAACAUAACUGCCUCCAAUAGGUGUUAUCAUUUGGAUCUUUUAGCAUGACUAAAGGACUUGGGAGUUUUGUGGGCUUUUAAAAGUAACAUAAGCACAAAUCUUCUCUUUGUCAGCCUCCAUAGAUGCAUCUGUAACAGUUCAGGGGCCCAAGACAACACAAUGGUCAUCAGUUAAACAUGUUAAACCUUACAUGAAAGGUUACACAAGCCCAAGUAGAAGUGUGCAUGAAUACUAAGAGAACUUAUACCUAGGAAUCGAUCAUGUGGUAGCUUUGAGUAAAGUUGUAUAUCCCA